UCUACCUUUUAUUGGACCAGUUGCAGAAUUAAUUGCCCAUUGGUUACGUCAUCAAGGUCAAGUUAAAGAAUUUAGUCAAGAAAACACAAAUAUUCCGGAUAAUGAAUGGUUUGGAUUUAUUGAUAAUGAAUUUAAAACUCUUAUUUCAUCACCUUUAAUAGUGUAUGAUGAGUUUCAUGAGCGUAAUCCUGAUAUGAGAUCAUUAAUUGCGGUCAUAAAAGAAAUUGAUGAAUUGAAUAAUAAACCAUUCUUUUAUCUGCAACACCCAUGA